AAAAGUCGGUCUUGUUCAACUGGGUUGCAUCAGCAGUGAAGUUUCCUGAUGGGUAUGUUUCAAACCUCUCUAGAUGUGUUGAAAAGGGCCAAAAGUUCUCCGGGAUGAAGAGUCAUGAUUGUCAUGUCUUUAUGCAAAGACUACUUCCCUUUGCAUUUGCGGAGCUACUUCCAACAAAAGUACAUGAAGCACUUGCAGCCAUUGGAGCAUUUUUCAGGGAUUUGAGCACUCGCACUCUUAAAGAGGAUGUCGUAGAACAACUUCACGAGAACAUUCCGAUCUUAUUGUGCAACUUGGAGAUGAUAUUUCCUCCCUCAUUUUUUGACGUCAUGGAGCAUUUAGCUGUCCACCUCCCGUAUGAGGCAUUGCUUCGAGGACCAGUACAUUAUGGAUGGAUGUAUCAGUAUGAGCGGGCCAUGAAAUAUUUGAAGGGAAAAGCAAAAAACCUCGCAAAGGUUGAAGGUUCUAUAAUUGCUGGAAGUUUGACGGAAGAAACAUCUCACUUCACAUCGUACUACUUUGCACCUAAUGUACGGACCCGACAAAGAGCUCCAAGAAGAUAUGAUGAUGGUGGUGUUGCUCCAACAUAUGCAGUUGCUGGUGUUCCGGAUAUCUUUAGCCAGAUUGGACGAAUGGGUGGGAAAACGAAAGAGGUUUGGUGGUCGAGUGAUGAAGACGCCCAUAGUGCACACACUUACAUUCUACUUAAUUGUGAGGAUCCAUUUAUGCGCUAUUUUGAAAGCCUAUUUGUUAGUCAAGUCCAAGAAGCUAUCCCAGGUAUAUCCACAAGUGAGGUAGAUAAAAGGAAAGAUCGACACUUUAUUAAAUGGUUGAAGAGUCAGGUUGAAUAUGAGGAUCCAGAUUAUCCCAUAUGGUUUCACGAAUUAGUUCAGGGUCCACUUGCAAAGGUCACCACAUCACCAAUGUAUUUCUCACGAGGCUUUACUUUUCAUACGUACGAGUAUGGUAAACACCGGGCGACCAGCAAUUAUGGAAUUUGUGUGAAAGGCGAAACCGAUUUCUACGGGAUCUUGCAGGAGAUUAUUGAAGUGGAAUUCCCUGGGUUAUUGAAGCUGAAAUGCGUCAUAUUCAAAUGUGACUGGUUCGACCCCGUGGUCAACAGAGGUGUUCGAUUUAAUAAAUUCGGUGAAGUUGCUGUCAAUGGUGGACGGAGGUACAACAAAUUCGAGCCUUUCAUAUUAGCUUCGCAAGCAGACCAAGUUAGCUUCCUACCAUACCCGAGGUUGCGAGAAUCUGCAAUAAGUUGGUUAGCCGUUAUCAAAAUGGUUAGAAAGAACAAGCAGAAGAAAACCCCCCACUACAGUCAGAUGUUCUGUGGUGAUCCUGCUGCUGGAUCAUCAUCUUCAGCUCCCGGUUCCUCCAUCCCGGAGAUUGUCCCGGAGUCUCAGUCACAGCCACCACCGGUUCCUCCAUCUGGUGCACCACCCCCACCUGCUGCACCUCAGGCGGUUCCAGAUCCGGUUGCACCCGGAUACAUUCAUCCGGAGUUGCGGGUGCCGCCGACCGCUCCUUUUGCUCGGUACACGGUUGAGGAUCUUCUCGCUCAACCAGGCCGAGCCGGUUUACCGGUUUUAGACCCCGACCGACCAGAGGGGACUCUGUGGUUUGGGGUCGACAAUUCUGUCGCUACGAGCGUAUCCGAUAUCAUCAAAGGAUACUUCUCCGAGGCUCACCCAAACUGGAAAAAGACGCCGCACCACGACGUGAAACGGGAGUUCACCGCAAAGGCGAAUAAGCGGUUGUUGGACACCGUAGGCAACUGGAAGGAGGACUGGAUCUACAAGGGUUACAAGGACGGGCAACCCGCUGAGCUGACCAAGGAUGUCUACGAUGGUCUCAUCCGUUACUGGGAGCUGCCAUCAUCCAUUGCGAUCUCCAACGCCUGCUCCGCCUCUCGUAACACCAAAGACGAGCACGGCAACGGCCCGAUGCUUCACUGUACGGGUCAAAAACCCCAUGCCCUUGCCAAAGAGAUGGGACAACUCCCGUCUCUUAAAGAGCUUUACGAGAGGACCCACAAGACCAAGGCGGGGAAAAAGGGACGUACGUUGGGAAUCAGUUCCGUCAACGAUGUCCCAAGAGCGACAUCGUCUUAUGGUCAGAGACGAGCCGACGAAGUCACUGAGCUGCGUUCGGAGUUAGACUCGACGCGGACUCAGUUGGCGUCGACGCAGACGGAGUUGGAGUCUACGCGCCAAUCAUUCCAAGCUCGUAUGGGUGGAGUGGAGGGGUUUCUGGAAGUUAUAUCUUCUGGAAAUCCCCAAUGGGAGGAGUUGUUGGCGGAUAUGCGACGACGGAACCCGGUUCCCGAGCCUUCUCGUACUCAGCAGUAA